ACCUCCCGCGCGGCGCGCCCCGGGGUGGACCCGCGCUCCCGCCCGCCGCGCAGCCCCUCGUCCGCGUCCUCGAGGCCGCGCACCCGCGUGGACAUGGCCUCGGCCGCCGUGACGGCCGCGAGACGGGGCCUGGGCCGGGCGCCCGCGCUGCUGCUGCGGCGCGGCUACCAGACGGAGAGGGGCGUCUACGGCUACCGGCCCAGGAGGCCCGAGAGCCGCGAGCCCCCCCGGAGCGGCCUGGCGCGCCCCCCAGUUGACCACGGCCUCGCCAGGCUGGUGACAGUCUACUGUGAGCAUGGUCACAAAGCGGCCAAAAUCAACCCCCUGUUCGCUGGACAAGCCCUGCAGGAGACAGUGCCUGAAAUCCACAGCCUGGUGCAAACUCUUCAGGGGCCCUUCCACACGGCAGGAUUAUUGAACAUGGGGAAGGACGAGGCCUCUCUCGAAGAAGUCUUGGCCUAUCUCAACCAGAUCUACUGCGGGCAGAUUUCUAUUGAGACUUCCCAGCUCCAGACCCAGGAGGAGAAGGACUGGUUUGCCAAGCGCUUUGAGGAGCUGAAGAAGGAGGCGUUCACCACAGAAGAACGCAAACACCUGUCCCGACUCAUGCUGGAGUCCCAGGAGUUCGACCACUUCCUGGCCACCAAGUUUGCCACCGUGAAGCGCUAUGGCGGCGAGGGGGCGGAGAGCAUGAUGGGCUUCUUCCACGAGCUGCUGCGGAUGUCGGCCUACAGCGGGGUCACCGACGUCAUCAUCGGGAUGCCCCACAGAGGGAGGCUCAACCUGCUGACGGGCCUGCUGCAGUUCCCGCCCGAGCUGAUGUUCCGUAAAAUGCGUGGGCUGAGUGAAUUUCCGGAGGACGUUUCGGCCACGGGGGACGUGCUGUCCCACCUGACCUCCUCGGUGGACCUGGACUUCGGGGCGCACCACCCGCUGCACGUGACCAUGCUGCCGAACCCCUCGCACCUGGAGGCCGUGAACCCGGUGGCCGUGGGGAAGACGCGAGGCCGCCAGCAGUCCCGCGGUGACGGGGACUACUCUCCCGACAGCUCCGCGCAGCCGGGGGACAGAGUCAUCUGCCUGCAGGUUCAUGGCGAUGCGUCUUUCUGUGGUCAAGGGAUUGUUCCCGAGACAUUCACGCUCUCCAACCUGCCGCAUUUCCGCAUCGGCGGCAGUGUGCAUCUGAUCGUCAAUAACCAGCUGGGCUACACCACCCCGGCCGAGAGGGGGCGCUCCUCCCUGUACUGCAGUGACAUCGGGAAGCUGGUGGGCUGUGCUGUCAUCCACGUGAAUGGGGACAGCCCAGAGGAGGUGGUCCGUGCCACCCGCCUGGCUUUUGAGUACCAGCGCCAGUUCCGGAAGGACGUGAUCGUGGACCUGCUGUGCUACCGGCAGUGGGGCCACAAUGAGCUGGACGAGCCCUUCUUCACCAACCCGGUCAUGUACAAGAUCAUCAGGGCCCGGAAGAGCAUCCCGGACACGUACGCAGAGCACCUCGUUGGCAAAGGGCUCAUGACGCCGGAGGAGGUGACGGAGAUCAAGACCUCGUACUACGCCAAGUUGAACGGCCACCUGACCAACCUGGAGCAGUACCGCCCGCCCGCCACACACCUGCAGGCCCACUGGCGGGGCCUGGUGCAGCCGCCGGCCUGCAUCACCACCUGGGACACGGGCGUGCCCCUCGACCUCCUGCGCUUCGUGGGCGCCAAGUCUGUGCAGGUGCCCGAGGAGCUGCAGAUGCACAGCCACCUGCUGAAGAUGUAUGUCCAGUCCCGGCUGGAGAGAGUGGUGGACGGGACGAGGCUGGACUGGGCCACCGCCGAGGCACUGGCCCUCGGCUCUCUGCUCGCCCAAGGCUUCAACGUCCGCCUGAGUGGCCAGGACGUGGGCCGCGGGACGUUCAGCCACAGGCACGCCAUGGUGGUCUGCCAGGAGACGGACGAGAUCUACAUCCCUUUGAACCACAUGGACCCCAGUCAGAAGGGCUUCCUCGAGGUCAGCAACAGCCCACUGUCCGAGGAGGCGGUGCUGGGGUUCGAGUACGGGAUGAGCAUCGAAAGCCCCAACCUGUUGCCCCUCUGGGAGGCCCAGUUCGGCGACUUCUUCAACGGGGCCCAGAUCAUCUUUGACACGUUCAUCUCUGGAGGCGAGGCCAAGUGGCUCCUGCAGAGCGGCAUCGUCAUCCUGCUCCCCCACGGCUACGACGGGGCGGGCCCCGACCACUCGUCCUGCCGCCUGGAGCGCUUCCUGCAGAUGUGUGACAGCACCGAAGAGGGCGUGGACGGGGACACAGUGAACAUGUUCGUGGCCAACCCCACCACCCCGGCCCAGUACUUCCACCUGCUCAGGAGACAGAUGGUCCGCAACUUCAGGAAGCCCCUCAUCGUGGCUGCCCCCAAGAUGCUGCUGAGGUUCCCCGCGGCUGUGUCGACGCUUCAAGAAAUGGGCCCGGGAACGACGUUCAGCCCCGUCCUCGGGGACUCUUCUGUGGACCCCAGCAAGGUGAAGAGCCUGGUGUUCUGCUGCGGCAAGCACUUCUACGCCCUGCUGAAGCAGAGGGACGCCCUGGAGGCCAGGAAGCAGGAGGUGGCCGUCAUCCGCGUGGAGGAGCUCUGCCCCUUCCCGCUGGACGCGCUGCAGCAGGAGAUGCGCAAGUACCCCCAGGCCCGAGAUUUUGUCUGGAGUCAGGAGGAACCUCAGAACAUGGGUCCAUGGUUUUUCGUUUCCCCAAGGUUUGAAAAACAACUGGCCUGUAAGCUGCGCCUUGUGAGCCGGCCCUCUUUGCCCACCCCCGCCGUGGGCAUCGGGACCGUCCACCAGCUGCAGCACGAGGAAGUUCUCAAGAAGACGUUUGCUUGAGGCCCUGCGGGAACAGCCUCCUGGGGACCCCUGAGCUGCUGCCCUGCUCCUCCUCCGGUUCUUUCGACACUCUUGUGGGAUCGGCGAGGUCAGACGAACCCGACAUACAUAGCUCACGGGCGUGAGAAGCCAACGGGCCCACGGCCCCCACAGACAGCCAAGGAUGUGUGGAGAGCUGGGCCACGACCUGGAUUUUUAUGUGACCUCCCCCCCCCAAUCAAUUAAGUGUAUAUGGCCAGGAAAAGUUUUCUAGCUGGGAUUUGGGCCUGUUGAUUAACAGCAUCCCCUCUUGAUUUGUUUGAUGCAUUUCACUUUUGAUCGUUUUCCACUUUAUCCCAAAUCCUGUGAUUGUGGUUUCCGUCUGGUGCUACUUGCCUGCCUCUGUGACCUGUGUCCGGGACUCUGGUGGCAGACCGCCUCUGUCCGGAUUGGUGUCAGCUCUCGCCCAUUCCCCCUCGACACAGUCCCAGUGGCUGUGACUAAGAGGAGCACCUCUCACCCUGCGUCACAACUUGAGUUUCAGCUGCAGUGAACUUGAUUGGGGGCAGCUGCACCAGCAUCUCUUCCUGAAUCACUGUUGCGGUGCUAGCUAGAAUGUUCCGUGGACUCCGGGCGUCUGAUGUGGGGAUGCAGCCCCUGCUCACUCAGUCUCGCCUCUAAAAUUCCAUGUUUACAGAUGGUAUGGAAGGAACACUGUGACGACAGAACUUCCCCGAGUCAGGAGUUGGGGGAUUUUUUGAGACCACCAACCUACCUCCUCAACCUAAAAUUAAGCUCAUGGAACAUCAGUGAGCAGCUCCACACUGUGCCUUCCCUUGGUGCUCCUACUGACUCAGUGGUUCCCAGAAAUGAGGGGCAAGGUGGGCCCGAAAACACCCGCUCUGCCCCUCAGAAUCCAUGUCUUGGCCCAGAGUCUAGGCGAUUCUGGGCAUCAGCAGAUUCAUGACCCAGCGCUCUCUCUCUCUCUCUCUCUCUCUCUCAAUUUUAUUGAAUCACCGUGAGAUAGUUACAAGCUUUCGUGUUUGGGUUACAAUCUCACAGUGAUCAAACACCCAUCCCUCCGCCAGUGCACAUUCCCUGCCACCAUGCGCAUCGGCCACCUCUGUCAUCCUCACAUCCUUUACUCUUGCCUUGUGCGUCCCUCCUCUGUCGCUUUAUAAAUCAGAGAACUGACGACGUGCCACUUGGGUAACUGUGAUCACACAUGUUGAGAAUGGUUAUCAAUGUUGUCUACUGAACUAGAAAUAAAAGCAGUGUCCAUUUUUUGCA